AUGAUGUCUGAUAAUGAACACCAUCAUCGCCACUUCCAUCCUGGUGAAACAAUACAAUCAUCAUCUUCAUCAUCAUUGGAUAUGAGUAUGGACAUUGACAUUGAUAUGUCCAAAGCAUCAAGGGAUGAUCUUAUUGCCUGUAUCAAGAUGCAGUCACAACACAUCAACAAGUUAAAGAUCAACAACAAAGACAACAACAACAACAACAACAACAAAAUGUACAUAGACGAGAUGAUGAGCUUGGUGCAGCAGCAACAACAACAACACGAGGGACAAACAAAUCACAUGAUGGUGCAAUUGAACCAUCAACAAUCACAUCAGAAGGAAGAUGAGGAGUUGGACGAUGACCACCUGCUCACACUACUGGGCUUGAAAGAAGAGGAGGACAAGAAGGAGAAGAAGAAUAACCAUGUGGUGGACACUGCACAUUCAAACUUGCUUGAAGAGAGCAAGAAAAAGGAUAGUCAACUGGAUAAACUGAUUGGACAAGUCAAUGAUGAUUACAAUAUUACAAUGACAAAGUUCAUCGGAGAACGAGACAAGUUACUUGCAAAGUUCAAUCAUCAGAGAGUCAACAUUCAACAGGUGAUCGAUGGUCUGAGCGCGGAUCUUCAGGUCAAGGAAGAGGAGAUUUCAAACCUCGUACAACAACAUGAGUCCAAUCAUCUAGAGUUGGUCAAGGUGCGAGAACAACUCAUUGAGAAGGAGGACGUUAUAAAGCGAAUGGAACAGUCAUCAUCAUCUCCAUCACCACUGGGGCAUGACAACAAGUCAGAAGCUGACGACAAGAUCAAUAAGCUAAAGAACCUGUUGGCAGCGGCACAGAAGCACGUCACAGACUUGAAGAAACAGAUUGCUGACAAGACAUUGGAGGUUGGCAAUCUGCAAGAGCGGGUGAAGGAGUUGGAGCACAAUCAAUUGGAUGAAGACUCAAUGUCGCAGGACUAUCAUGAGAUGAAGAGGAACUAUGAAUACAAUCUUCAGAGGAUCAAGAUACUGGAGAAUCAGCUGACCAACACCAACUCUGUGCAUGUCAAACUACAAGAGGAGUUUGCAUCCUACAAGACAAACAUUGAAGGUGUGAUCGAUGUGGCACUCUCCAAGCAACAAGACAAUCAAUUGAAGGAGAAGGAUAGAUUGAUACAGAGUCUAAGAGAGGACCUGGAACGUUUGAGGCCAAACAAUGGAGCUACACUUGCCAAUGGAAUGGACUCAACGAAGACAACACAGGCGUCUAUGGAUCCGGUUGUACCGAUGCCUAUUAUGGACUUUGAUCAACUACUUCCAACAUCUAAUCAUCAUCAGAAUGGUAAUGGUAAUGGAAAUGGAAAUGGCAAUGGCAAUGAUACGACUGAUUUAUUAGAACCUGGAUCAGAGAUUGAUAAGAUAUUACACAACUAUGCCAAAAUACAAGCUAAUAGGGAUGAGGAGCUAAGGAAGUCAUUUGCCGAACUUAAAGUACUCAGAUAUCUUUUGUCGGAGAGUGAGAAGAUGGAACAAAAGCAUGUGGAACAAGCUGCAGCGUUGAAGAAUGAAAUCAGGAGGCUGGAGAAGGAGCUUAAGAGGGAUCCACAAGAGUUUGUAUUCCUCAAAAAUAACAUACUUGGCUUUAUUGAGAGAGAUGAGCUACAAUUCAUCGAUGUAAUUGGAAGGAUAGUGGAGUUCACUCCUGAGGAGUUAAGUAAGGCACGUGACUGGCAUACCAUCCGCAAGGUGUCCAAGGACUCAAAGAGUGGAGGUUCAUGGAAGAUUUGG